AUGUGGUAUGGGCUGGCCAUUCCACCCGACCAAAUCACCGAGUUCGAUCUGAAGGGCCUGUGGAAGGCGUUGGACGAAGACAAAUCCAGCACUGUUAGUGUCGGCGAGUUCAUGGUCUUCAUGCGCCGCUAUGGAGCCAAGCACGGCAUGCAAAAGUCAUCGCAAAGCAAGAUGACAUGCAGUGUGAUCUCCGAAGAAGAUGAGGAGCAGAAGGAGCAGAUCGCAAAUGCACCAGAAUUGGAUGCGCAUCAGCUCGUCACCCUUGCUACCAACUUGACGUUGGGCGUCCAUUCUUGGUUAUCCAGAACUGGGGCUGACAAAGGAGCAUUUGCGGGAGCACUGCUCUGGCCAAAAUUCAUCGACGCAAGCGAGAGCUCAAGGAACGGUCGGAUGAGAUUCACGGACUUCCACAAGAUGGUGGUGCAGGUGAUACGGCCGCCGCCUUCACUCGAGCAGCUCAUGGCAUUCUGGCGGGAGGUGGAUCAAGAGGGCACCGGCGAGGUUACUGCUUCCCACUUUGACAAUGCUGUCUAUCGCCUGCAGGUGGAUACCUGGCCGGAGUUGGAUCAGCAAGGCAUCUUCCGGGUCAUUCACGUCCUGAACACUGCUGCCGACAAGUGGCACAGAGCAUCUGGCAAUUGGUACAAGGUCUUCCUGGCCUGCGAUGAGGAUGGCUCCGGCAGCAUGACAUUUGAUGAGAUGGUGGGUGUUUGCCGGAAGAACUUCCCCGGCUUGUCUAUUUCGCCCCAGACGAUGCCAGAGCGGGACAUCCGCGGAUUUUGGCGAGCGUUGGAUGCCCAUCGUGCAGGAAGGGUAGAGGUUUACGACUUUAUGAUUUUCAUGAGGAAGUACGGGGCGCAGUUGUCGAUGCACCGAUCCGUUCGCAAUAAGACUGCGACGACAGAGAUUGAG